UGAUCCAAGAAACUCUUUUCCCCAUUCAGAUUUUCUUUUCCAAGUACCUUUUUUUCAGUAUAAAUAAUCAAAUAAAUAAGUCAAGUAUACACAUAUAUAGAGAUUCUACAAAACUUUGUGUUUUCUUGUUUCAUCCUUUAUUCAUAUACCUUACAUAACAUUUUCAUACUAAGUGAUUUGACUCGCACGCAAUUUCCGAUCAUUAACAACUUUGACCAAAUUAAACUUCAUCGCUAAGGCGAAUUAUUAUAUGUGUUAAUUAAAGAUUGUAAUGUGAAUAGAAGAAUGUUUUACAUACUAUUAUUGAUUAUUGAUACAAUUAUAUUUCCUACCAUUGUUGUUACAACUAUUUGUUUUAAUAUAACGUGAAUACAUUUUUUUCUUACAAUGAAUAUUGUAUAAUAUGUCUCUAGAGAAAAUAGACGUAUAUCUAUAAAUUGUAUAUAGCAAUCGUGCAACCUCCAUUAACUAAGCCGUACAAAUAGCUCAAUGUACACCAAAUAACCCUUCUCUCCCGAGUGGUCAUAGGCUUCUUAUUUCGCUUCGAAACGAUCUCCAAGACUAUAUAUUAAAAUAACCGUUUUCUAAUUCACAUAUCUUAUUAUUUAAACAUAUCAAAGAUUCAAAACCCUUAAACCUGUCUCCCCCACGAAGCAACAGUGAGUGCACCCUUACGAGGCAAUUGCUCCCUACGUACCUCCUCCACUCUACAGCCUACACGUGUAACACCCUCUCCACAUGCACAAACUCACACACACAUUCAUGGAUCGUAUAUAAUACAUUCUUAUUGUGAGAGAGAGCAGAGAAGAGAGAGAGAUAUGGAGAGAACAGAAGCCUUGACGUCAUCGUUUAUAUGGCGGCCAAAUGCAAACGCAAACGCAGAGAUAACGCCAAGCUGUCCAAGAUGUGGAUCAUCCAACACAAAGUUCUGUUAUUACAACAACUACAGCCUCACUCAACCUCGCUACUUCUGCAAAGGCUGCCGUAGAUAUUGGACCAAAGGCGGCUCCCUCCGCAACGUGCCUGUAGGUGGUGGCUGCCGCAAAUCCCGCCGUACCAAAUCCUCCUCGAGUAACGCUAAAACCGGCGUAACCGCUAGUUCAUGCAACUCCGGUGGUGGCUCACCAAACAUAGAUCUUGCUCUUGUUUACGCCAACUUCUUGAAUCCAAAGCCUGACGAACCCACACUUCGAGAAACAUGCGAUUUAGCCACAGGCGCUUCGAUGGAACCCUCUAAUUGGAGUAUCGACAUCGGUGAUGAUCAUCACCACCAUCAUUAUGAUCAUCAGGUGGAACACAUUAUUGAGGAAUGUGGUUAUAAUGGGUUGCCUCCGUUUCCUGGUGAAGAGCUUCUUUCUAUUGACACUAAUAGUGUUUGGUCUGAUGCUUUAUUGAUUGGUCAUAAUAACCAUAUAGAAGUUGGUGGUGUAACUUCGGCUGAGACUGUUCAUGAACCGGUGGUUAACUUUGCUGAUGAAUCCAAUGACUCUACCAACUUCUUGUUAAGCUGGAGCCCUUUUGAUUUCUCAACCGAUGGAUAAUGAUCCAUAUUUGCAUUAAAAAAAAAGAGUUUGUAUUAUACCUAUCAUAUAUAUAUAACAUAUACACAUUUAUAUGAAGAUCUUAUGGUUCAUUUCAUGUAAAUUAAGAGAGUCGAUUAUUUAAGUACAAAUUUAAGGGGUAAUAUGUAUACAUAGGCUACAAUUUUAUUAUUUUGGUAGUGAUUCUCGACCUAAAUAUGAUGCUAUAAUAAGUCGUUUUCAAGAUUUGCCCAAGAAUACCACGUGGAGGUCCUUGUCUUUGGAUUCGAUUGAGAUUUGCUUGUUACUUGAACUUGCAAUUCACUGAAAGUGAGACGCACGUGUACCAUGGGGACACGUGUGAGAGUUGUUAUGUCUCUGGCCUUUCUGUGUGCGUGUAUAGAUCUUCUCUAAAAGUUGUGUCAGAGAAAGAGCAUAUUUGUUGCUACUUUUCCUUUUAACUUCUUCCUACAAUUAAUCAGUUGAUUUUUCAUUGCCAAAGAUAAUAUUAUUGUUCGGUUUUAAGCAAGUACCAUCGAUUGGAAAAAUAUGAAUAAAGUAAUUUUCUAUAUUGUCUACCUCACAUACAUAUAGAAAAAAAUAUGUAACUGAUUGCAUAUUUUUUAGAUGUAUAUCAUUACAUUGAUAAUGAUUAAGUUACAAAAAAAAAGAUAAUGAAGAAAAAACACGAAUCCAACUCGUUAGUCUUGACUAGUCAAACAAUCUUAUUAACCAUGUAAUAGUCUACAUGUGGAAUCCAAUCCAAUUCUAUAUGGAAUUUAAUAUUUACAGCUCUAAACAUGCAAACUCAUAUGAGUACGUAGGACUAACAAAUCCUGAUAGUCCAAUUUAUAUUCAUAACUGUUAAGAGGCUAAGAGGUAGAGAACAAUUUCUCUCAUCAAGAACAAAGAAAUAAUCUCGCCACCAUAACAAAUAAUCAGUAGCACUUUAAGGUGAUGUUUUCGGUCUCUUAGUAUAAUUUUUUUUGUAAAUUUAAUUAUGUAAUAUUUCUAAAAUUUCUAUACAUAAAUAUUCAUAGUAGUGAACUUAAAACAUAUAAUUAGAUUGUUUUUUAUGCAACAGAUUGUUCUCAAUUGGUGAAGAUGGUUCGGAACCAGAUGAAUGACCAGCUUUUGUAAAUUACUUGGAGGGUGUCAAAACCCUAAAAGAGAGCUUCACCAGAUCAUAGAUCAUCUAUGUACCAAGGACGCAAAAUACAAAGGCGAAUAGACUAGCACGCAGUGUUAGAAAGCAACCGUCUUUUAUCGUUCACAUAGAUGUAGAUCACACGGUUUAGUUUAGAGAGUCAGUAUGAGUCUGUAAUAGUUGACGACAAAAAAAAAAGAUUGUUUUUUAUGCAAAAGGUAUAUAUAACUAUAAUUGGAUUGUUAAAAGAGAAAAAAAAUAAAUAUAGAGAAAAUGGUGAAAUAGAAUAGAGGAAAUUCAAGAGAGAGAAAAUAGAUUUAGAAUCGGGUCCGGUGGCCGGCCGGCGCGUGAGCGUGCGUGCAGUCACCGGAGCCCCUCAAGCCACCGUUACAGCCUUCGAUUUUCGCUUUGCUCUCGUCCCCUCUCUCCUCCGCCUUGCCUGAGUUCUGGAACAAGGCCGCCUGUGGCGGAUCUGUUUAUGGCGUAAAGGCGCGGUCGUGUUGAGGAAGGCGUGGUGAAGUUCCUUGUUCGGCUAUUUGGUUUUGCCUCUGGGAGGCGGAGGCUCCCCUAGCUCCGUCGACGCCGGUUCAUGUCCCCGAGAGGUGGAGGCUUCGUCAGCUCUGUCGUCGUCGGUCUAGAUCACGGGGGGUGAAGGCGUUCCAUGCCUUGCCUCGCCGUCUGUUGGUUCCCUAGUUUCGUUUUAGGGUGAGUCUGUUCUUUCCUUUUAGUUUUACGCUUUUGGUUUGGUUUGGAUUGGUGGCGAUGACGUCGGAGGACGUUCGAAGCUCGACCAUGGUUAACGGUGAUGGUUCGCGUGAAGUCUUCCUCUCGGUGAUUGUGAUGAAUGGCGACGGAUGAGAUCUCGAACAGUCGAUUGAUGCUCUCUGCUUUUGGUUUCACUUGAGUUGAAGACGUUUGCGGUGGUGAUAGUGUGGAGUCAGUGAGUUCCGGUGGAUCCGGGUGAAUCGACGGUUGGUUAUCCGGUGUUGGUUCGAAGCGAGGGCGACGUCGGAGCCGCAGCGUUUGUCCGCGCGGCGGCGGAGUCUCGUGUAUCCUAGGGUUUUCGUUGUUGGGCCUUGGUUCCGAAAUCUUAUUUUAUUUUUUUGGCCCGUCUUUCAUGGGCGUUUGUAUGUUGGACUGUGGGGUUCUUUAGGCCCGUUAAUCAAAUCUAUAAUGGACGGAAAAAAAAAAAGAAUAGAAGAAAUUCUGCAACUUGUGUUCAGAGGCAAAUAAGUUAACGUGGGAAGUUGUUUAAUGUCGAGUUUCGUGCGUCACGCACGUUCCCGUAUAUCUCCACUUGAUCCAAGGAAACAGUGAUUAAGUUUUGUUACUAUAGAAAACAGUUAUACAUUUAUAUUAAUAUUAAACAAAACGAUGUAAUCAAAUAUCUUGUCAAGUCAUUUUGUUUAAACUUCAAUAUUUUAAAAGUUAUUUUUGGGUUUACCCCCUAGAUGAACCUGGAGAUUCACCAACUAAUAGAAAAUCGUUAUUUUAUAUUCAAUAUCUUUUAAAAAAGAAAACAAAAUAUUAUCAAUUUAUAUCAUAAUUUUAAAUAAAUUAAAAAGUAAAAAUAAAUAAAAAUAAUACUAGAUGCAAAAAAAAAUAUGUUUUUAACGAUGUCAGCAAAAUAUUAAACACUAAACCCUUGGAUAAACUCUAAACCCUUCGGUAAACACUAAACCUUUGGCUUUUCUAAACUUGGGUUUAGGGUUUACCCAAGGGUUUAAGGUUUAUGAUUCAUGGUUUAGGAGAGUUUAGGGUUUAGUGUUUUACUGACGACAUUAAAAAUAUUAUUUUUUUGCAUUUACUACUUUUUUAUUUAUUUUUACUUUUUUGAAUUUUGAAAAUCAUGAUAUAAAUUGAUAAUAUUUUGUUUCUUUUUUAAAAAGAUACUGAACAUAAAAUAACCACUUUUAAUUGGUCGGUGAACUUACAAGUUCACCUA